UUUAUGUUUUACUACUGUUUUUAAUUUUUUCGAAACUAAUCUCUCCUCCAAAUGUACCCUCAGAAAACCAAGAGCCGCGUUUCCGCCGUUUCGGGCAGCUAAUCACGCUUUGCCACCGUGCAGCAAAUUAGCGAUCUCAUCUCGUUGGAAAUGCAAGCGCUAAGAGCCACAUACGGAGACGGAUCCUCGGACUCCGACUCCGAAGCCACCACUCCAUCCACUCGUCCCACCAAAUCGAAAUCCCAAACAGAGGAAACACUCUCUUCCCCUCUGCCUCCACCUCCUCUCUCUCUCCUCGACCCUCCUAAUUCCCUUGGGUUGCUGGAUUACCCGCAAACCGGUCAGCCCAGUAGAAUCAGAAGUUUCCCUCACGUCGAAGGCAACUAUGCUUUGCACGUCUAUAUCCCAGUUUAUAUACCCUCCACUUCAAAGAAAGAGAUGGGUCAGUUCUUGAAGAGGGUUUCAUCCUUUGUUCCCAGUCUUCAUGUUGUGGAUAUUGAUGUUCCAUUGAGUACUCUCUGUAAAGAGGAACAUAACCUAGAACAAGUUGCAUUGGGAAGGGAAUUCCACAUAAGUUUAGGAAGGACAGUUCCCAUUAGAGUUCACCAGAUUGACUCUAUAGUAACAAUGCUGCGCCAGAAGCUUCAGUUUCAAAAGCGGUAUUGGAUUGAUUUUAACAAAUGGGAGGUUUUUGUCAAUGAUGAUCAAACACGCACCUUUCUUUCGCUAGAAGUUGUUACAGGAGGAUUAGCUGAGAUAACUAAGCAAAUUCUCGCUGUUAAUGAGGUUUACAAGCUUCAUAAUCUUCCCGAGUUCUAUAAGGAUCCACGGCCUCAUAUAUCCUUGGCUUGGGCACUAGGAGACCUUAGUGGUUCACUUAAGAGAGUGGUCGAGGAAGAAACAAAAUCAUCCAGCUUUGGAGGUUCUCUACAGAAUCGUAUUUGUACAAUUAAAUUUGGUGGCAUUGAGUGUAAAAUUGGUAUUAAAACGUAUAAAAUAUGUAAAUCUCCUGAUCAAUGAUAAAAUCUCUUCAACCUCUUUUUGGGAUAGCCAUCUUGGUUUGUUUAUGUUACUUGUCGAGAUAGAGAACGUGUGUUAGGUCCUCAUGGAUAUACAUUUUCUUACGGGGUACAUAAUAAGUAAACUACUUUAUAGAAUGCUAAAGAGCUUGUGGAUUUUAAUUUAUUGUAUC